AUGGGAAUACCGCAUUUUCGUGGUGUCUACAUGAGAAAUAAUAUGCCUCAAAGUGGACCAUGGAAGAAUGAGUCAGCCAUAGUUAUGCUUGAUGAUAAAGAUGGCCCAGGUACUCAUUGGGUUGCCUACAAAUGCAAAAAUGUUGGCUUGACAACACUUAUGAAAAACUAUAUUUCACAAAGUCCCAAUCAGAGUUAUCUCAUGGAAAAUGCUGGCUGGAUGAUGGAUCAAGGGAAAAAAAUAACCGAUGAUCAAGGGUACUUCGAUGUGUCCAUUCCUUUGAGCAUGAUUUUCGGAUUUGCUGAAGAUUACCAGAGAAUUAUUGUGAACGCAAAGCACGAGUUGAUUCUGACACGUUCACACAACGACCUCAAUGCCAUCAUUCAACAAGCUCUUGAAGGAGGACAGCGGGCUGAAACUUUUAAAAUUACCAUGACGAAGAUGGACUGGAUGAUUCCCUAUAUUAAACCUGCGGACUCUCGAAAAGUGCAACUUCUUAAUCAGAUUUCAAAAGACAAUCUUAUACCAAUUAGUUUUCGAGCUUGGGAGUUAUAUGAAUAUCCUUUAUUACCCAGAACAUCGAAACAUGUCUGGGUUGUGAAGUGUUCUACACAACUGGAGAAACCACGCUAUGUCAUUGUCGAUUUCCAAACAGCCAGAAAGAACGAAGCCACUAAGAAUGCCAGUGUAUUUGAUCAUUCCAGAAAGAACGAAGCCACAAAGAAUGCCAGUGUAUUUGAUCAUUGCAAUAUUCGAGAGAUCAAAUUAUUCUUAAAUUCACAAAGCUAUCCCUAUGGAAAUCUGAAUCUAGACAUUGCACACAACCAAUCAGCUCUACUUUAUGACAUGUACACCAACUUCCAAACGUCUUAUUAUCACAAGGAGCCCGAGCCGCUAUUCGACAGAAAAAAAUUCUUGGAAGCUGCACCACUCAUCGUCAUCGAUUGCUCCAAACAGAACGAGUUCUUGAAAUCUGGACCGGUUGAUAUUCGCCUGGAGUUUGAGUCACCAGAAAUCUUCCCCAACAACACUCAUGAAGAAACUCAUAUAAUUUAA